GGCAUUGCCAUGUGCGCGCCAGUGCUCGCGGCACGUGGAUCGGAACGUCGCAUCCUCCUGGCAUAAAUGGUACUUUUAAGUUGUGAUUUGUAACUUCUCUUGCAGUUUCAUUAUUUGCGUGUGUUGUGCAGAUUCCGAUGGUGGUUACAUAUUACACCUUCAAGAAGCUUGAAUGUCUUUGUGGGGAUAACCAUGGAUAUCUCCAUAGAGUAUAUAAUUGCACCAAAUGUUUUCAUCACGGUGACGCAAGAUAUGUCAUGCUACGUCUUUUAGCUGUUGAGUUCAGCAUGAACAAAGUUUGAUAUGCAGCGCCUGAACAUAUUCUUUAUCAGUAAUGAACAUUUAAGGAAAUUCAAAGCUCGGAAAAUGGAAGCUCGUUGCAUCCGGCGACUUCCCACGUGAUGGUGCUAUGUUCAACCAGGAAAGAAGCCUGAAAACCCAACAGAAGCUGAAGAGAGGGGUAGAAUGAAUGAAGGAAGAACCCGUGGAUGAGAAAGAAGACUGUUCCUGGAAUACCAUUGCCAAAGCUGAACCCAGUGCUUUGCAGCAUUCAAUAAAAGAAGAUCAGGAGUUGGAGCCUCCAGUUGCCGUGUUUGUUCAGCCAAUGGUGAAGCAAGAAGGAGCCUGUAUUGAAGAAACAGAGGAAAAAGAACAUCCUUCUAACAAAUGUCACUCUAGUCUCUUGCUCACUCUAGGCUUGAAGGGUUCUGACAUUGCCAUGUAUACAAGAGGCCAGAAGGUGCAACAUGAUCAAGAGUUUCGUGGCUACUCUCACACUAACCCUAGUGAAAAUCCUCUUCAGUGUUGCAUCUGUGGGAAGAGUUACAGUUUUAAAAGAAAAUUGGAUGAGCAUAUGCGCAGUCACUAUGAACAAAAUUUCCCGUGUCCCACCUGUGAAAAGAGCUUCAAACAGAAACGAAACUUAGAUGCGCACAUGCGCACCCACACCGGGGAGAAACCAUUCCGAUGUUGUCUCUGUGAAAAGAGCUUCAGUGUAAAAAAAACGUUACAUAUACACAUGCGCACCCACACUGGUGAUAAACCAUUUCUGUGUUGUACCUGUGGAAAGGGUUUCAGUGAGAAACGAAAAUUAGAGACACACAAUCACACUCACACUGGGGAAAAACCUUUCCAAUGUUCUCUCUGUGAAAAGAGCUACUGCGAAAAGGCAAAGUUAGAUACCCAUACACGCACCCACACUGGUGAUAAACCUUUUCAGUGUUCUACCUGCGGAAAGAGUUUCCAUUGUCAAGGAAUCUUACUAGGCCACAUGCGCACCCACACUGGUGAAAAACCUUUCCAGUGUUCUCUUUGUGAAAAGAGCUUCAGUAAAAAAUAUCACUUACGAAGCCACAUGCGCACCCACACCAGUGAAAAACCUUUCCAGUGUUCUAUAUGUGAAAGAAACUUUAGUGAAAAACAACAUUUAAAUAGGCACAUGCGCAUCCACAAGUGAAUAUCCUCUGUCAGUAAAAGUAAGGUUUCAGUAUGGUGCAAACUUACGUAAGAACAUGUGUUUUUACAUAUUUUAAUAAACUCUGUUGAAUCUCUGGAGACAGUUUCUCGCAUGUACUAUUGAAUGGUCUUUCUCCAUACGUGGGAAGAAUUUUAGUGUUGGUAUAAAGUCUGCUGUCCUAGUGACCACGUAGAUAACUUUGUUUCGGCCAAGUCGUAUCGAUGAAAUAUAUUGUUAAUUGUACCAAUGUUCAAAUAAUAAAUGUUUGUGCAUCUUCUAUGU